GCCACUCCUGCUUACCACGUCGAUCUGUUUGGUGUGGUGUCAUUUGGCAGGCAGAACGACUAUAGAUCUCUUACCACGAGAGAAGGACGGCAACAGAGGAGGCCCAGGGAGGCGGGCAAUCAGGAGCGGUGGUCCGACAAGAGACCGCAAGGACCGCGGAGGAGUUCAGCAAGGGUGUGAAAGUGCUCCCAGAGACUGUCCGACAUGGAGGGUGGCGAUGGGGAGGCCCUGGCGUCCUACAUCAUGGACGAGGAGACGCUGAAGAGGAAGCAGCGGGAGAAGCUGAAGAAGCUCCAGGCCACGGGUGGGAAUCCCCGCCCUGCACGCUCUCUGUUCUUCCUCACACUGAAGAACCCCUUCCGCAAGGCCUGCAUCAGCAUCGUGGAGUGGAAACCCUUCGAGAUCAUCAUCCUGCUGACCAUCUUUGCCAACUGUGUGGCCCUGGCUGUAUUCCUGCCCAUGCCUGAGGAGGACACUAACAACACCAACAGCAAUCUGGAGAGCCUGGAGUACAUUUUCUUAGUCAUCUUCACCCUGGAGUGUUUUCUGAAGAUCGUCGCCUACGGCUUGCUGUUCCAUGCUGACGCGUAUCUGCGCAACUGCUGGAAUAUAUUGGAUUUCGUCAUAGUGUUCAUGGGGCUCUUCACUAUUGUCCUGGACACCAUCAACCACAUCAGUGGUGUGGAGGCCCCGGUAGGAGAGAAGGGCGGUGGCUUCGAUAUGAAGGCUUUGAGGGCAUUUCGUGUACUGAGGCCCCUCCGGCUUGUCUCAGGCGUCCCCAGCCUGCAGGUGGUGAUGAACUCCAUCCUCAAGUCCAUGCUGCCUCUCAUCCACAUUGCCCUGCUGGUGUUUUUUAUGGUCACCAUCUAUGCCAUCGUUGGUCUGGAGCUCUUCAAGUGCAAGAUGCACAAGACCUGCUACUACACUGGCACAGACAUUAUUGCCACGGUGGACAAUGAACUGGCAUCACCCUGUGCCCAGGCUGGCAACGGUCGGCGCUGCACCAUCAAUGGCUCGGAGUGCCGGACAGGCUGGCCAGGGCCUAACGAUGGCAUCACACACUUCGACAACCUGGGGUUUGCCAUGCUUACAGUGUACCAGUGCAUCACCAUGGAGGGCUGGACUGAGGUUCUCUACUGGGUGAAUGAUGCCAUAGGUAAUGAAUGGCCCUGGAUCUACUUCGUCACCCUUAUCCUGCUGGGCUCCUUCUUUAUACUCAACCUGGUUCUGGGCGUUCUCAGUGGGGAGUUCACAAAGGAGCGGGAGAAGGCUAAGUCUAGGGGAGAAUUCCAGAAGCUGCGAGAAAAACAGCAGCUGGACGAGGACCUGAAGGGCUACAUGGACUGGAUCACCCAGGCUGAAGUCAUAGAUAAUGACCAGGAGGGACACGGACUACUGCCUCUGGAUGAAGGUGGUUCAGAUACUGAGAGCUUGUAUGACAUGGAGGGUCUGAACCGUCUACGCUUCUACUUCCGCCAUUGGCGCCGCUGGAACCGUUUCUUCCGGAGGAAGUGUCGUGUCUGGGUGAAGUCUCGGCUGCUUUACUGGGUGGUGAUCCUGCUGGUAUUCCUCAAUACUCUGGCUAUUGCCACCGAGCACCACCAACAGCCCGAGGGGCUCACCAGCCUGCAAGACAAUGCCAACAAGGUGCUGCUGUUGCUGUUUGCACUGGAGAUGUUCCUGAAGAUGUAUGCCUUGGGGCUGCCCUCGUACUUUAUAUCUCUGUUCAAUCGCUUUGAUUGCUUUGUGGUUACUGUGGGCAUCCUGGAGCUGGUGCUGGUGCGGAUGGAUGUGGUGUCAGCGCUUGGCAUCUCUGUGCUGCGCUGCAUUCGCCUCCUACGGUUACUCAAGGUCACAAAGUACUGGACAGGCCUCAGCAACCUGGUGGCCUCCCUGCUGAACUCCGUACGCUCCAUCGCCUCCCUGCUCUUGCUGCUUUUCCUCUUCAUUGUCAUCUUCUCCUUGCUGGGCAUGCAGGUAUUUGGGGGCAAGUUUAACUUCCCCGACCAGGAGGUGCAACGUAGUACCUUUGACAGCUUCCCCCAAGCUCUCAUCAGUGUUUUCCAGAUCCUCACAGGUGAGGACUGGGACACAGUGAUGUACAAUGGCAUCAUGGCUUAUGGAGGACCAGUCUUUCCUGGAAUACUGGUCAGCAUCUACUUCAUCAUCCUCUUCAUCUGCGGCAAUUACAUAUUGCUGAAUGUGUUCCUGGCCAUUGCUGUGGACAACCUGGCUGAGGCAGAGAGCCUGACAUUGGCACAGAAAGAGAAAACGGAGGAGAAGAUGCGCAAGAAGUUGCUGAGCGCUAGCAACCCUGACAAGGCAGAGGAAGAGAAAGCUCUGAUGGCUAAGAAACUGGCAGAGCAGAGAGCCAAGAUAGACGGUAUCCCCACCACAGCCAAGCUAAAAGUGGAUGAGUUUGAGUCAGAUGUCAACGAAAUCAAGGACCCAUUCCCGCCAGCAGAUUUCCCCGGGGAUGAUGAGGAGGAAGAUCCAGAGAUCCCAGUGAGCCCCAGACCCCGGCCCAUGGCGGAUCUGCAGCUGAAAGAGAAGGCUGUGCCCAUGCCAGAGGCCAGCUCCUUCUUCAUCUUUGGCCCUCAGAACAAGUUCCGCAAAUUGUGCCAUCGGAUUAUCAACGCCACCACCUUCACCAAUAUCAUCCUUCUCUUCAUCCUCCUCAGCAGCAUCUCUUUGGCGGCUGAAGACCCCAUUGACCCAGAAUCCUUCAGAAACCAGGUUCUGGCCUAUGCUGACAUCGUCUUUACCUCGGUGUUCACCGCUGAGAUUGUGCUCAAGAUGACCACGUAUGGUGCAAUCCUUCACAAGGGAUCCUUUUGCCGGAACUCCUUCAACAUCCUGGACCUGAUCGUUGUGGGUGUGUCCCUGCUUUCCAUGGGAAUGGAGUCCAGCGCCAUCUCAGUAGUAAAGAUCCUGAGGGUGCUGAGGGUCCUGAGGCCCCUGAGAGCCAUAAAUCGUGCCAAGGGCCUCAAACACGUAGUCCAAUGCGUGUUUGUGGCCAUCAAGACCAUCGGCAACAUUGUCCUGGUGACCAUGCUGCUGGACUUUAUGUUUGCCUGCAUCGGUGUCCAGCUCUUCAAGGGUACAUUUUACAGGUGCACAGACCCCUCCAAAAUGACAGAAGUGGAGUGCAAGGGAACUUACAUCAAGUACCAGGAAAAAGCCCUCCACGAGAUGGAGGUGCGGCAGCGAGAGUGGACCAAUAGCGACCUGAACUUCGACAACGUGCUGAAUGGCAUGUUGGCGCUCUUCACCGUGUCUACGUUUGAGGGAUGGCCUAAACUGCUCUACAAGGCCAUCGACUCCCAAGCUGAAAACAUGGGCCCUAUCUACAACAACCGUGUGGAGAUAUCCAUCUUUUUCAUUGUCUACCUCAUCCUUAUCGCCUUCUUCAUGAUGAAUAUCUUCGUGGGCUUCGUCAUCGUCACCUUUCAGGAGCAGGGUGAGCAGGAGUACAAGAACUGCGAACUGGACAAGAACCAGCGCCAAUGUGUCCAGUAUGCUCUCAAAGCCCACCCCCUACGCUGCUACAUCCCCCAGGAUACCUACCAGUAUUGGGUGUGGUACAUCGUGACCUCCUGUUACUUUGAGUACCUGAUGUUUCUGCUCAUCAUGCUGAACACCCUCUGUCUGGGCAUGCAGCACUGUGACCAGUCUGACCACAUCACCCACCUGUCAGACAUGCUGAACGUGAUCUUCACCGUACUCUUCACUGCGGAGAUGAUCCUCAAGCUGCUGGCCUUCAAGGCUAAGGGAUACUUUGGAGAUCCCUGGAACGUGUUCGACUUCCUGAUUGUCAUUGGCAGCGUUGUGGACGUCAUUCUCAGUGAGAUUGAUACUGCUCUUGCAUCCAGCGGUGGACUCUACUGUCUCCAUGGUUGUGCGGAGGUGAACCCAAUGCAGGCUAUUGCAGACUCGGAAAAUGCCCGGGUCUCCAUCACCUUCUUCCGGCUGUUCCGUGUGAUGCGCCUGGUGAAACUGCUGAACCGGUCCGAGGGCAUCCGCAACCUGCUGUGGACCUUCAUCAAGUCCUUCCAGGCCCUUCCCUAUGUAGCUCUGCUCAUUGUGAUGCUGUUCUUCAUCUACGCAGUCAUUGGGAUGCAGGUUUUUGGUAAGAUUGCUCUGGUGGACGGCACACAAAUCAACCGCAACAACAACUUCCAGACGUUCCCGCAGGCGGUGCUGUUGCUGUUUCGGUGUGCCACAGGUGAGGCAUGGCAGGAGAUUAUGCUGGCGUGUAUGUAUGGGAAGCUGUGUGACCCCAAAUCAGAUUACCAGCCCGGGGAAGAGUACACGUGCGGGGCCAGCUUUGCCGUGGUCUACUUCAUGAGCUUCUACAUGCUCUGUGCCUUCCUGAUCAUCAACCUAUUCGUGGCAGUCAUCAUGGACAACUUUGACUACCUGACACGCGAUUGGUCAAUCCUCGGUCCCCAUCACUUGGAUGAGUUUAAGAAAAUCUGGGCGGAGUAUGACCCUGAAGCUACGGGGCGAAUCAAGCACCUGGAUGUGGUGACUCUGCUGCGCAGGAUCCAACCCCCACUGGGCUUCGGAAAGUUCUGCCCUCACCGUGUCGCAUGCAAGCGCCUGGUCUCCAUGAACAUGCCGAUGAAUAGCGAUGGCACUGUCACCUUCAACGCCACCCUCUUUUCCCUGGUGAGAACGGCCCUCAAGAUCAAAACCGAGGGUAACUUUCAGCAGGCCAACGAGGAGUUGCGAGCCAUCAUCAAGAAGAUCUGGAAGCGCACCAGCAUGAAGCUGCUGGACCAGGUUAUCCCUUCAGUUGGAGACGAUGAAGUGACCGUGGGAAAGUUCUACGCCACGUUCCUGAUCCAAGACCAAUUCCGCAAGUACAUAAAGAGACGAGAAGAGUAUUAUGGGUAUCGGCCAGCCAAGAAGAAGAACGCCAUGGAGAUUCAGGCAGGUCUUCGCAGUAUGGAGGAGGAGGCUCUACCAGAGCUCCAGCGUGCAAUCUCGGGGGACCUGAUGGCUGGGGAGGAGACCGACCAGGGACUGGAUGAAGCUAUGGAGGAUGCAAUCUUCAGGCGAUCAGGGGGCCUGUUUGGGAACCAUGUGGACCCCUUCACCCUGGAGAGGAACACCCCCCUGCCUACGCAGGUCACCAGCCAUCGCCCCCUGCAAGUGUCUGACCACCGGCUAGAAGAGGGGGAUCUGUCACCUGACUCUGUAUUCCUGCACAGCCCCCAGUUCUUUCCCAGGAUGCCCAGAAAGGCCAACACCACCACUAACAACAACAACAACAACAACAAUAUGAACAAACGUACAGUGGUUCCCUGCGAAUGGGAGGCGGGCCCACAGUUCCAGCCAAUCAAGGACACCCACGGCCUUUCAAAAGAAAAUAAAUUACAAGUUUCAAAUGUUAGGUGUGCAGAUAGUGCAUGUAUGUCCUCUGCAGUGGGUCUCCCAGGGUCUGACCUAGAACAAGAAUGCAGCAGAGGAGGAAACCAGCAGGGCAUGAGCACAAAGGCCGUGACCUCUGAGAUCCCACGCCACUGCAUUCAGCACAGGUGGGCACACUCAAACUCCCAGCAUGCCACGGGGCUGCAAUCAGUGUUUGCCAUAGACCAGCUUAUCCAGAAGGUACUGGAAGGUGCUGGUCUAAGCAUCCUGGGUCAGGACUCCCAGUUUGUGUCAGUGGUGAAGCAGGAGAUGGCAGAGGCCUUGGGCUUAAACCACGAUGACAUGGAGACCGCAGCCAGAGCGCUUCUCCAGAGCCACAGUGACCACUACUUUGACCUUGCUGAAGCAGACCCAGCCACAGAUUGUAGCUUUAUGUAGACGCCAUCACCAUGGCGAUGUGACUUUUUACUGUGACAUCACACCAUAGCGCGAUUUUAUGGGUCAGCUCUCCCCGGGUGCUACUGUAGAUCUAGAGUGUCUGCCUUGGUAGGGAAAUGAGACGUGAUUAGUCAACCAGAUCACUGACGGCGAUAACCCGGUUUCAGUAUGUUUUUCGUUGUUGCAGUUAAGCACUAGAAAGAGACUGUCAUUAACAAAAAAAUCAGGAAUGACGCCUUCUUAUAAUCCCUUUUUAUUGAUCAAAGAAAGUACUGCUGUGAACUUUUCCCCUCAAUAUAGAAUUGUUAUUUCCAGCAUUAAUGGUGAUUUCGCAUUGCUGGUCACUCCUGUACAUUGGGUCCUGAUGGGGCCAAAUGCUGCUAUGGUUUAGACCUCACCAAAAGCAGAGGUCCUGUUUAAUCCCGUCUAAAGGUUAUUACGUUUUUGUUGUGCACAAUGAAGAUGCAGAUUUCAGACUCAGGACUAUUGCAGGAGUGAUAUCGCGGUUAGGAGAGGAGUCUCAUUUGCACUUCCAAGAACUAUACAGUUCUGUUGAAAGCUGAGAAUCCAGGAUUGUGACCUCAGUAUAAACUGACUAUAUCUUAGUCUGUAGUGUAUGUUUAAGCUAACCUGUAUAUUAUGUUUCUGAUUCUUGUCCUAAGGAGUUAGCAUCCUGGGCAGGGCAGUGGGGUGCAUGUGUAUGUUAUGAAUUAUUUACUAUUAUUUAUUACUUUAUUCUGUGUUAUUUUUCAAAAUGUUGUUACGGCUUUUCGAGUUUCCACUCAUCGCUCAGGUGAACCGCGACGUCAAAUAUGCCUUCCGGUUAAGUUACAUUACUGGCUAUAUUUAUUCAGGAAUAGCCAAACCGCAGUCACACCCAGGUUACAUUUUAACUGCAGUACACACUAGUUUGUAACUAACAAUGCUAUCAUAUUUUGAACUUGUUGUGACUUAUUUUACAUUUGUCAAUUUAAAAAUGUUUAGAUUUUCUUGUAUGGUUUAAAUGUUAUAAAUAAAAUAUACGCUGUAUUUGUGAAUGGAUAUUAUAUGAAAUAAAUAUUACAUUUUAUACAUCA